GGGAGCACUGGAACACCGGAGUGGAUGGGGAAAGGCAAGAGGCAGAAGGAGAUGAGAUUCGUGUUGAUGAGGGUGAUGAUACUACUGCUACGAGGUCGAUGAUGGAUAUAGCUGCUAGAAUGUGACUGUGCAAAUCAAGCUCAGAGCAAGACUCAAGACUCUCUCACUGCUCUCACUGCUCUAAAAGCUCUCAGCUACGGACUACAAGAGUGGCUAGACAAUUUACUGUAUAGCUGCUAGAACCUGCCAUGCACAGUCAUGGACUCUGACUCGGCGAGCAUCAGGACCCAGCUGCCAGACUACGAGGCCGCUGCAGCCCUCACUGCUCCUCCCUAUCAGUCACGCCACACGCGCUCUAGGCAGCUCGAGCCGUCCAGGCUACGGCCGCCACCGAGACAUCUCUCUGAACGACCUGCUGUACUGCCUGCUCCCUCUGCGCAGUCUCCUUUUGAAGAUGCCGUGCGUGCUUGUACAAGCAGGUCUCACCCGGAGAACCCCAUCGUUCAGGGCAGCAGGCGUUCAUUCCUGAUGCCCAGCAAGCCGCACAGCGCAAUGAGCUAUCGGCCGGGUGUACAUCAGCUGCAUGGUGUCAGGGAUACGCGGAUGCAUGUCCCACCAGCGCUGGAUGAGGAUGGCAAUCCUGUGAGGGGCCUGAGCAAAAGCCACAAAGCAGCCAUGACAGGCGCUGCGGCUGCCGUAGUGCUUGCUGCGUCAUGCACAAUCAUGUGAAGUCUCCAUCAUGCGCAUGCUGUACAUCACCGACAAGGGAGCCUACUGCCUCUCUUCCUGCGCUGGCGCCGUUUCCAUCUGAAGUCAAAUUUUGCUUCAAAACGCGACAGAAACGAGUCAAGAGACAAAAGACUACAACAGUAGCCAGACCCAGCAAGUCCGUGUGCUCCAUGC